CUGUCCUCGUGGGUGCUGACUCAUAAGUACGCAUGCUCAGUGUGGCGAUGCAUGUCUGUCGGAACGGGACAAUGCCAAGUUCCAACGACGUUGACAGACACUGGCGUAACGUUUGCCUGGGGUACCCACACUUUUUCACGUUAUUUCAGCUGGUGUGGCACGAAGGUUAUGGUGGUGAAGCAGAUGGGAGUUUACCGUGACCCUUACCGCCUCGGUUGUGAUGUGCAAUGGGUUGCACGACCUAUGUGCGACAGAGUGCGCGUGACUCGAGUUAAGUGUCAAUUUCAAGAGACUGAUAGAUGGUGUAGUGUUAUUAGAGAUUUGAGUGCCUGCCGAGAUCAUCAUAUGCUUGCGCGGCACAGACUUGAUUAAUAACGGAUUCAUUAGUGGACCUCAUAUGGGUCCCAUUCAAAGAAGUUCUUCUACAAGAUCUUCCUCCUCAGGUAAUUUCUGGGUGACAGGGGAUGCCCCAUCGAUAAGGGGCAUCAACUCAGCAGACCCGAAACUUUAUCGUUCGUGACACCAGAUGCUCCGCAUACCAGAAGAAUCGGCUCGGAGCAACAUGCUAGUACUUGAAGUAAAUACCUCUCAUACGGAAGCACCAUCACUCAACAACGGAAGGAACAGAAUUAUCUCAAUUGAUCCCGAUGACCCUGAUACGUGAAGCACCGCUGGUCCUCAACCAUUCUUUCCAGCCAUGAUCACAUCGUCAGAAAUGACCGGUGCUGUGGAUUCGCUGUUUCCGGCGUCAGUGGGUUCGUUCCUAGCGAACACCACCAUGGCUACGCUUAAGGCCGCAAGGGAACCCACCCAACGCUACACGAACGUUUCCUCUGUGUCUUCUCACGUGAACCUCACUACCGGCUAUGGCGACUCCGAAGAGUUCGUACCCUACGACCAAAGGUUGGAGACGUAUGUCGUGCCAACCCUUUUCGCUCUCAUAUUCAUCGUAGGCAUCGUGGGUAACGGUACACUCAUCUUCGUGUUCAUUAGACACAGGACAAUGCGUAGUGUGCCCAACAUCUACAUUAUGAGCCUAUCUAUCGGAGACUUCAUCGUCAUCGCAGGAACAGUGCCUUUCAUUAGCACAAUCUACAUCUUGGACUCGUGGCCAUAUGGGCUAUUUCUGUGCAAGCUAAGCGAGUUCCUCCGAGACGUGUCCAUUAGCGUGACGGUGUUUACCCUUACAGUCCUCAGCAUCGACCGAUACGUGGCCAUAGCGAUGCCGCUCUUCAAGCACAAGGGUAGGAGGCAUACCAGAAGAACUGUAACAGUUCUUCUCACUAUAUCUAUUUGGAUCGUUGCUAUUCUCAUGGCAAUUCCUGGCGCACACUAUUCAUUCAUCAUGCUCGUACAAGCCACACCCGAACUGCAAUACAAUGUUUGCUACCCGUUCCCGCCCGACAUGUGGAACUGGUACCCAAGGCUUAUGGUGCUCCUUAAAUUCUUAGUACAGUACGCGGUACCCUUGCUGAUCAUCGCCACGUUCUACUGCAUGAUGGCGCGGCAGCUCAUAAGGACGUCCAGGGCUCACCUAAACCAGAACAGCUGUGGUGGGAUUGCUCACCUGAAACAAAUGAAAGCUCGCGUCAAAGUGGCGAAGAUCGCCUUGGCGUUCGUCGUGCUAUUUGCCGUUUGUUUCUUCCCCAAUCACGUAUUCAUGAUGUGGUACUACUUCGCUCCCGAUGCUUCAGCACAUUACAACAGCUUCUGGCAUGUUUGGAAGAUCAUGGGCUACGUGAUGACCUUCGUUAAUUCCUGCCUAAAUCCCAUCGCUCUGUAUCUCGUAAGCGGAGCCUUCAGGAACCAUUUCAAGCAUUAUCUCUUCUGCUCGCGACGUGCUGCCUCGCAUUCACGACAAAACUCUUACUCCUUUCGGACGACUCACAGCUCCAGCUUGUCCAAGUGCACCGCGUCCACGAAGAUCUGACGGUUAGUGUUUCUGCAGAGGAGGAAGAAACCAAAAUGUCAACGGUGCAGAUGCCAGAAAAAUGACGUGCAUCAACGCCGGUUCCACUCGGUUGUUUUUCAAGUUCCAUGACUGACUGCAAACGUAAAGAGAACGGAUUCCGUCUCACUUUAUUCCUGUUCGACGUCGUGUUCUUGUGGACGUGUCAGCUUCGCAGUGUCGUCAUCUUUCAUGUCAUUAUCUAAGUCACGUCUAUAUAGUGUACGGCAUGAUCAGUGAAAUCCUUGCCAAAACAUUAUGCUGUGACAAGACUUUCCAGACAAAGUGUGCAGCAGCGUUGGUGUCUAAUAGUCACACAUGGUACAGCAGGCGGCCAACUUUGUUCAUAUGUGUCUCUCGGUCGUAUUGUGCACUUGUGUAGUAACUUACAAGUUCAUAAGGUGCUUAAACCGAAUGUAAUGGCCGUGCUUUCCACUUCAUCAAAGUUGUACAUAUAUAAAAUACAUUUCUGGCA